GGUGGCUUACUGAACCUGCAGGAAGAAACUCUUACUGAGCCUUCUUUUUUCACCACUUUAUAUUUGUAAUCAAAGUUAGCUGUGAACCAUCAAGUUGUUUUUAUAUCCGUUCCUUAUUAUAGGUAGAAUUCUAAUUAAGUCAGUUGAACAAAUUUUCAAAUAUCUGAUCGAAGAAGCCUUGUAGUUAUUUACUUUUGUUGCUUCUGAUUUACUUGUCGAACACUGACAGUGUGCGGUUUGUUGAUAGGCCACUGGUUUGAGCAAGCUAAAAAUCUUCAGAAAAGACUUCCUUUUAAAAUUUUAAGAUCCUUUUGAACCUCUGAAAUUUCAAACAGUAGUUUAGGGAAAUGCAAAACAUGGAUCGAAAGGAUUCUGGUGUAAAUGCACAAUCAAUGUGCACAUAUGUUGUCAGCAGCUCGUCUUUGGGCAACUCGACUGAAUCUCAGGUCCUGCAAUCUUCAAUGUCUGAAAGUUUAAGCCUGAAGAUGGGAGUUCUGCCUCAACACUUUCAUAACACCAAACAGAUGAGUUUUCAAUUCCAGGACCAGGACUCAUCAUCAACUCAAUCAACUGGUCAAUCUUGCCCUGAAGCAGCUGGUGCUGGAGACAGCAAUAUUUAUGGGCAAAGUUUAAUUUUACCAUCAUCAGGACCACAAAACUAUGUCGUCCCUCCUGCACAAGUUGAUUAUAGCAAAUCAAUUUCUCAUAUUCCUCUCCAUUCUGCCAAACCAUAUUUUGUCAGUGUAGCAACGACUGCUUAUGGAUCGCAAGCUUUGUCCCAGCAGAUUCAUGCUCAUGCGAUGGCAAUGCUUCCUACUCGUGCUCCGCUGCCACUGGAUCUUAAAGAAGAUGAACCGAUUUAUGUUAAUGCAAAGCAGUAUCAUGCUAUUCUCAGGCGAAGACAAUAUCGUGCAAAGCUCGAGGCUCAGAACAAACUCACAAAAGUUCGAAAGCCGUACCUGCAUGAGUCUCGUCAUCUUCAUGCGUUAAAACGAGCUAGAGGGAGCGGUGGGCAAUUUCUCAAAACAAAGAAAUUCCAACAAUCCAAGAGCAUUCCGACAAGCCACAGACCGGACAUGUCCAGGUCACCUCAACUACAUUUGUCUGCAAAACUCUCCAAAACAGAAGUUUAUGAGCGGGCAAAUUUCAAAGAUGCUGCUUCGGCUACCUCGUGCUCUGAUGUCACAAGUGGCUCCAACAGUGAUGAAAUGUUUCAGCAGCCAGAUUUAAGGUUUUCUAGCUAUCGUCCUGAUCAUAUAGGUCAUGCCGGCAAUAUCCACGGUGAUGGGAACAUCCAUCAUCUUUCUGGUCUCGGCUGAUAGCCAAGAUAGAUUCUAU